UCUAUUAUUGACCUAACCAUUAAACAACUUGAUAGACCAAGAUAAUGAAUUCAAGUUUCUCAUAUUUAUAACUAAGUGUAAAAAUAUAAAUAUAAUUGAUUAUUAUAUUUAAUAAAUGGUAUAAUAUAUGUGAUUUAUCCAUUAUAUUUUAAAGAUAUAAAAUAUAUGACAUUUAUAAUGGUUCGUUUUAAAAACAGAUAUAUCGCAGUUGAAAUAGUACCUAAAAUUGAAAAUGACAAAGCAUUAACGUUGAAGUCAACGGCAUUACAGAAUGCUAUUCAGGAAAAAGUACAACAGUUAUAUGGAGAUUUUGGAUCGGCUGCAAUAAAAGCUGGAUUUCAAGCAAAAUAUUGUAACGCACAAACAAGAAUAGCACUUAUUAAAAGUAGACAUGGACCGCAUAAAUUUAUAUUAAAUUCGAUACCAUUGAUAAGCGAUGUCGAUGGUCGAGCUGUAACAAUAAAUAUUAUUUAUGUUAGUGCAACUAUAAAACAUUGUUUUAUUUUUGUAAGAACGUACCAGCAGAAGAAGUUGGAAAAAAUGUGGAACAGCUUUAAAAAUGAUAAUCAAAGAAGAGAAAUGCAAAAAGCAUUGAUGAAAUUAACAGCGUCUAUGAAAGAUUUUAAACAAUAUUGAAUUAAUCACAAAUAUUUAUUGAUACAUUGAAAAUAGAUUUAUGUUCCUCGUU